GCGGAAGCAUAGCAAAGAAGUAGUAGCAGCAGCAGUGAAGUCAAAUUCAAAUUUCGGUGCACUUUGGAAAAAUUUUCCGAUCUCGCAACGGUGUAUUCGUAAACGGGACAGUGAACGUACUAGUUGUGGCGCGAAAGCAUUGAAAAUAAAAUAAAGACAAUACAAUUUUUUCGCAAAACAAAAUAAAUCAAAGAUUAAUAAAGCGAGUGAAUAGUGUUUAGUGCAGGGAGAACGCUUAGUACACCGUUAAGAGUGCAGCGUAGCACGUGCGCUAAUUAGCAGGAGCAGCAAAAGCAGGAGCGCUCUUAUCUGUCGCGGGCGCCCACACAGCUUGCUUAUGGCGCUUAGCAUACUCAGCUACAACCUGCCGCAAGGUUUAAAAAUGAACAACAACAUUAGCAGCGCGACCAAAAAUAGUAACAGCACCCAAUCUGCCAGUUCGCCUACACGCGAUGAAAAUGCGCCCAACAUCAUUGCCAGCAGCAACGACGGACGCACAACCAUCAGCCUUGGCAAGUCCUUCAGCCGCAUAACCAUGCAAAAUGUUUUAAGCGAGAACAGCAGCAAUGCGCUGAAUAUCAGCAACAAUAGCAGUGUCAACACGAUCGUGCGAAAGAUCAAAGAUUUCGGCAUGUAUGGUAGCGUGAAUAAUGCAGGCGCGCUUAGCAAUACCCUCGCUGGGCGCAAACGUACCGCCAGCGAAUCGUGCAAAGUGAAAUCGGUCGUUAAGGCGAAUGAAAACAAAAGUGAAAAGUCCAAGACAGUCAUUAAACGACCAAAACUGGCUAACAAAGAUGAGAACGCACGCGAAAAACCGGCCAAGCCGGCUGCCAGCAAAGCCGCGACAGGAACAAUAAAUGCAAAAAGUGUAAAGUCCAACACGCCAGGCGCGAAAAAACCUGCAGGCACACCCGGACGCAAAGGCUUACCGCUGCCACAGGCGGUGGCACGCCGUAAUGCGCGUGAGCGUAAUCGCGUUAAGCAAGUGAACAACGGUUUUGCCGCCCUACGUGAACGCAUACCCGAGGAGGUGGCAGAGGCAUUCGAGGCGCAGGGCAAUGGGCGCGGCACCGUUAAGAAGUUGAGCAAGGUGGAGACACUGCGCAUGGCUGUCGAGUAUAUACGCAACUUGGAGCAUCUGCUCGGCUUUGAUUUCCCUAUCGGCGGUGAUCGUGGCCUUUCGCUGAUGCAUGCCGGCUCAUCAAGCGAUGAUAGUUUCACCUUCAUUAAAGACGAAUUCGACGCACUCUCACCGCCAUUAGAUGAUACCAAUUUCGAUGACAGCCUGAGCCAUUAUGAUAUGGAUAAAUAUUUCAAUAACUCUGACUUUGGCAAUAAUAAUCAAAUGAUCUCACAAUCGGGUCCGAGUUCAACGGAUGCAGACGCCUAUGAAUUGGACUUGCUACCAAGUCUAACGACCAUCAAUGGUAUGCAGUAUAUGCGCAUACCGGGCACAAACACAUAUCAGCUGCUCACCACCGAUCCGCUCUUCAUGGCCAAUGCACCACAUUCACCACCAAACUCGAGCCUUGACGAGGAGUCUUUUCAGGCUUUAAUCGACACUAAUUGCCUAAGUCCUGUCGCAAUAACAACAUCAUCGCCGCAUAUUUCGCCUUCGUCCACAGCCAUGUCGUCAAUUAACGCACCUGCAGCUGCCACAUCUGCUACAACGACAGGGGCGGCGACCGCAUUACAACAGCGACACACGACCGUCGUUGCGGCAAAUAGGGUAGCAGCGGUCGGUACCAGCCCAUUAUCGCGAUCGCCACCAGUGCUCUCAUCCCCAACGCAACGCUCCGCUACAUUACAUCAGCAGCAAAAGCAAGAACAACAAAACCAGCACCAGCAACGGCCUGAACAGUGUCAGCCACAAACACCAACGCAUCAAGGGUCGACCAACUUAUCACCUGCCGAUAAUGAUGUACUUUUAUUACAUCAGACGUGUGCCACAACGAGUGCCAUCGCCGAUGAAGUGGAUGGCCGCAUAGGUAAUGAGUGUAGCGCUGGCACUGCUGCCAAUGAACGCCAACGGUUUGGCUUAGCAUUGACAACCCCUACGAGAUUGUCGCUGGAAUCGCCGCACGCGAUUAAACAGGAAUUUAAUGACACAUUAGUCGACUUUGUCCCCGCCAAUGCAUCAUCAUCGGCAGUGUACUCCUCAUCAAGGCAUAUGUCUGCGGGCGGUGCAAUGACAUUCCAGCAACAUCAGCUGCAACAACGGUUUUUACUUAGCCACGCGCCCUUGUCCACAAUGUCACCGCCCUUGGAACGUUGCACUUCCCGAGCGACACCAACAACUUUGGCAACAACAACCGCAACUACACCAUCGCCAACAUUGUUGUUUGUGCCCCAUGCUGCAAGAACUCCAACUACACCGAACCUCUCCUCAUUCUAUGACACGGAGACGGAUCCGGCUUUUGGUGAAGGCUCUACUAUGUCUUUUAAGAAGGAGUACAAUGACGCUUUGUUAGAUAUGACUGCCACAACAACGGCAAGUGACGUCAUAAGCGGUCUGCCCGAUGAGAAUAUCAUCGAGGUAUUGGACUGGUGGGAGGCGCACACACCGAAAUCCGAAGGCGGUGUGGCAUUGCUGUAAGAGGCAGUUAUUUUUCCGGGGUUUAAGGGGGUAAUUUCUACGAAAUUAAUUCGCAUUGUUGCGAAAAUUGUUGAUGACGCUUACAUUUUUCGAAAAUGAAAACAAAUAGU